ACCAAACCGCACAGCGUAUUUUCGGCCUAUUUAGUCCGUUAGUUACGUACUUCGCUUUGCGAAAAUCGGCUGCGCCUGUUUCUCUGCUUGUGCUCACAGGUUAUUUGGCCGGAAAGUAGGAUAGGCUGCUUGGACACUAGUAUGAGCUCCUACAGUCCUGUUCGUAGCGAACGGCGACAAUCGUCUUUCUUCUUGGGGUUACUCAUCCUAUCGCAGAUCUUAGGUGUAGCGUGCAUCAUCUUGACAUGCGUUUGGCUGGGAGUCUAUUACAAGGGAUUCAGUUGGACAAACUCCCAAACAAUUUUUAACUACCAUCCACUUUUCAUGGUCCUUGGCAUGUUGUUUCUAUAUGGUGAUGCUAUCCUCGUGUACCGAGUCUUCAACAACUACCGCAAAUUACCAAUCAAGGUGCUUCAUGCGGUCCUACACAUUCUUGCCUUUCUCUUCUCCGUUAUUGGCAUUCGCGCCGUGUUCGAAAUGCACGACAUCUUCAACUAUGCACAUCUAUACAGUCUGCACAGUUGGCUUGGAAUCGGUACCGUCGCUCUUUUCGCCAUCCAAUGGAUUGGCGGCCUCAUUUCUUUUCUUCUUCCUCAAAUCCCCCAAAGAGUGAGGGCGAAAGUCUUGCCUAUCCACGUUGCAUCCGGCAGCUUUCUAUUUCUCAUGGUCGUUGCCGUGUGUGUCUCCGGUAUCACAGAGAAAAACUUUUUCGAAAAACAAUACAGCCUAUUCCUUCCUCGGGAGAUGAUUGGAAAUGCCCUCGGUGUCUGCAUCGUGUUGUUCGGUUAUCUAGUCUAUUUCCUGAUCACUCAUCCGAAUUAUCGUCGAGUUGAAGAGGUCUCUCCUGAACAUCGCGCUCUGAACGAAUAAUGCGCUGGAUCAUAUCAAGUAAUCGGUGAAUUUGGAGCUCCAUCCGGUGGAGUAACGUGUUCUCCUCAUCGUGCAAUCUCGUCGCUACUUUCAUCAUGCCCUCCCUCUUGAUUUGAAUUGGCUCGCUUUGUAACACUCCCAACACCUUGUCCUGUGCUGUGUCCACGAUAUCUAUUUCAUCUUACCUUGACCACUGUCAGAUAUUUUUCAUCCUCUUUGGAACACAGACCACAUAUUACAAUGUUUUGCCGGAAUUCUCAUCCAUCAUCCUUGUCUAGCUUAUUUCGAAAGAAUUACCUGUCUCAGUGGACCAUACCUAUUUUGUUGUGAUGUUGUUGAGCGUGUAUUCUUGCUCUAUUUUCUCUCUGGCUUUCUGGUGACGCAAAACGUCAAAUGCAUCUUUCCAAUAUUUGUUCACUUUGAUUGCAAGGGAUGUUUUGCUGGAAUUCUUGAAAUCGAGGAGGUGCAACUCCAGAUUGUCACGGUUUUCGGAUAACUGGCCGACUUGAAUUAUCUCCAACUUGUUAAUUUGUGAGUGCUAAUUCUCCC